GCUGGGGGAUAUUUGGUCCCAGCUAGCACGAGCUGGGUUUUUCAAUUUCCAGCUGAAAUCGUUUCCCAUUCAACAAUGGAUCAUCCAAUAUUUCCUCCCAGAAUGUAGAAUCAUACAAAAAGCAAAUUUUGUAUUUGGAGUCACUUUCUUUUAUUCUCAAAUCAGCCCCUCUGAGUUUUCUUGAUUUUGAGCUGUAAGUUUUUUCCUGUAUAAGAACUCGAAGAAAAGUACUGAAAGAUAACUUGUUUGGAUACCUGGAAUGAGUGAUUCUUCACCUUCUUGCAAAUACUUUACUUUUAGUACCCAAAUGGUUCAUUCUGGUUCUCAAUGCUCCACUCAGAGCAAAGGGUUUGGGAUUGUAUCUAACAUUGGAGACCCCUUAAGGAAGAAACCAAGAAUUUGUGAAAAUAACGCUGGCCCAAGUUCUAAAAUGCUUGUGGGAAAAAGCAAUGCCAUGAUGACUGGUGGUGGCAGCUUCAAGACCCAGUUGUGCAUGAAGUUCAGAACAGGGCAUUGCAGUCAUGGAAGCAAAUGUCUUUUUGCCCAUGCUGUUUGUGAUUUGAGAAAGGCCUUGCCUAACUUGAGAAGGGUUGUUGUCAAUGAGGAUAAAAAUCUCUGUAGGAUGUUCAACUCUGGCAAAGGAUGCACGUAUGGGAAUAAGUGUCGUUUCCUUCAUGUGGUUCCUGAGAAUUUUCAGAAAAAUUUGGGCCAGAACUGGGAGAGUUCAGCUAUAAGCAUUGGAACUACAGGGACUGCUUCUUCAGGAGGUCACAAAAAAGGGUAUAAGAAAACAAGGCUUUGUAACAACUGGGAAAUGACUGGAGGCUGCCCAUAUGGCAAGGUGUGUCACUUUGCUCAUGGACAACAAGAGUUAGAGAAGUCUGAUGGCAGCAUUGCAUUGGCAUCUGGGAUUGUGCCAACUAAAGCUUCAAAUUCUCUUCUUAUGGGCAAGGAUGGCAUUGGUUCUAAUCACAAGCAUGAAGCGCAGGCAACGCAUUGCAUGUUCAAGUGGAAAGCACUCAAGAAAACAAGGGGUAUAUAUGCUGACUGGAUAGAAGAUAUGCACCUUCUGCAUAGCUCACUGAAUGAAGUAGAGAACUGAAAACUUUACUUGAACAGUCUUAAAUAGAUAAACAAAAACUUCUGUUGGAUUUAGCUCCCUUUUCCUAUCUUGUUUUCUCUGUUGUGGUUGUCGAAGGAUCUUGAUUGAUUUCUCUCUGAUCCUCUGUCAUCUUGGUUUCAGAUGUAAAAAUCUCUCGUCUGAGGAGUCUAUAUGAUAUUUUGAAUGCUAUCUGUGUCAUUUUAACAGUACCAUAUAUCGAUACGAGGAGAAUGAAUUUUUCUUCGCAUAA